AUCACACCGAAGACAACGCAGCCCCGCAGAUCCGAGCACGGAUACGUACCUUUCCAGUUCUUAUAGUAAAGCCACAUUAAGCUUCGAGAUACCGCCCCCAAUUUCAGUGUCGGUACGGAGCCGCCAGGCCGGGACAGAGACGGAGAGAGAGCCCUCGGCCAUGGAAGCGCUCGGACCCGGCCCGCCUGCCCCUACCUCCCUCUUUCAGCCACCACGCCGACCCGGCCUGGGCACGGUGGGGAAGCCGAUUCGCCUGCUGGCCAAUCACUUCCAGGUGCAGAUCCCGAAGAUCGAUGUCUACCACUAUGACAUCGAAAUCAAGCCAGAGAAACGACCCCGGAGGGUCAACAGAGAGGUGGUGGACACCAUGGUGAGACACUUCAAGAUGCAGAUCUUCGGGGACCGGCAGCCUGGAUAUGACGGAAAGAGGAACAUGUACACGGCUCACCCACUACCCAUCGGGAGGGACCGGGUGGAUCUGGAAGUGACUCUGCCGGGCGAAGGGAAGGACCAGACCUUUAAGGUGUCUCUGCAGUGGGUGUCGGUAGUCAGUCUGCAGAUGCUUCUGGAGGCUCUUUCCGGUCAUCUAAACGAGGUUCCUGAAGACUCUGUGCAGGCUCUGGAUGUCAUCACGCGCCAUCUUCCCUCCAUGAGGUACACUCCUGUAGGCCGUUCUUUCUUCUCUCCACCUGAAGGCUAUUACCAUCCGCUAGGUGGAGGCAGGGAGGUGUGGUUCGGGUUCCAUCAAUCAGUUCGUCCAGCCAUGUGGAACAUGAUGCUCAACAUCGAUGUUUCAGCCACAGCAUUCUAUCGCGCCCAGCCAGUGAUCGAGUUUAUGUGUGAGGUUCUAGAUAUCCAAAACAUUAACGAGCAAACCAAGCCCCUUACAGAUUCCCAACGCGUCAAGUUCACCAAGGAGAUCCGAGGGUUAAAAGUGGAGGUCACACACUGUGGACAGAUGAAGAGGAAGUACCGCGUCUGCAAUGUCACCCGCCGCCCAGCCAGCCACCAGACGUUUCCUUUGCAGCUAGAAAAUGGACAAGCCAUGGAAUGUACCGUAGCUCAAUAUUUCAAACAGAAAUACAGUCUACAACUUAAAUACCCCCAUUUACCCUGCCUUCAGGUGGGGCAAGAACAGAAGCACACAUACCUUCCCCUUGAGGUCUGUAAUAUUGUGGCAGGCCAGCGCUGCAUAAAGAAGUUAACCGAUAACCAAACCUCCACCAUGAUUAAAGCCACGGCCCGCUCAGCUCCCGAUCGCCAAGAGGAGAUCAGCAGGCUGGUCAAAAGCAACAGCAUGGUGGGCGGCCCUGACCCCUACCUAAAAGAGUUUGGCAUCGUGGUGCACAACGACAUGACGGAGGUGACGGGGCGGGUCCUCCCAGCGCCCAUGCUGCAGUAUGGGGGCCGGGUGAGUACAGACACUGGGAGGGACUGUGGCAGGAACAAAACAGUCGCUACGCCCAACCAGGGCGUGUGGGACAUGAGGGGCAAGCAAUUCUACGCAGGCAUCGAAAUCAAGGUGUGGGCUGUAGCCUGCUUCGCCCCUCAGAAACAGUGCAGAGAGGACCUGCUCAAGAGCUUCACAGACCAGUUGAGGAAGAUCUCAAAGGAUGCAGGCAUGCCCAUUCAGGGCCAGCCCUGCUUCUGCAAGUACGCCCAGGGAGCAGACAGCGUCGAGCCCAUGUUCAAGCACCUUAAAAUGUCAUAUGUCGGAUUGCAACUUAUCGUGGUCAUCCUGCCUGGGAAAACUCCAGUCUACGCCGAAGUGAAGCGUGUUGGAGAUACUCUGCUGGGCAUGGCAACCCAGUGUGUCCAGGUGAAGAACGUAGUAAAGACCUCCCCUCAGACACUGUCUAACCUCUGCCUCAAGAUCAAUGCUAAACUUGGCGGCAUCAACAACGUUCUGGUUCCCCAUCAGAGACCAUCUGUAUUCCAGCAACCAGUGAUCUUCUUGGGUGCCGACGUCACUCACCCUCCAGCAGGCGAUGGGAAGAAGCCGUCCAUCGCAGCAGUGGUGGGCAGCAUGGACGGCCACCCGAGUCGCUACUGCGCCACGGUACGGGUGCAGACCUCACGCCAGGACUUAUCCCAGGAGCAGCUCUUCAGCCAAGAAGUAAUCCAGGAUCUCACCAACAUGGUGCGCGAGCUGCUCAUCCAGUUCUACAAGUCCACCCGCUUCAAGCCCACGCGCAUCAUCUACUAUCGUGGAGGAGUGUCAGAAGGACAGAUGAAGCAGGUUGCAUGGCCAGAGCUGAUUGCUAUCAGAAAGGCGUGUAUCAGUCUGGAGGAGGACUAUAGGCCAGGGAUCACCUACAUCGUAGUGCAGAAACGUCACCACACCCGACUUUUCUGCUCCGACAAAGCGGAGAGAGUUGGAAAGAGUGGUAAUGUUCCAGCCGGCACUACAGUGGACAGCACCAUCACACAUCCCUCAGAGUUCGACUUCUACCUGUGCAGUCAUGCUGGUAUCCAGGGCACCAGCCGUCCCUCACACUAUCACGUACUGUGGGACGAUAACUGCUUCACUGCGGAUGAGUUGCAGCUGCUCACCUACCAGCUGUGCCACACAUAUGUGCGCUGUACACGUUCAGUCUCCAUCCCUGCGCCAGCGUACUACGCCAGACUCGUCGCCUUCCGUGCCCGCUACCACUUAGUGGACAAAGACCAUGACAGUGCGGAGGGCAGUCACGUAUCAGGCCAGAGUAACGGUCGAGACCCUCAGGCCCUAGCCAAGGCGGUCCAGAUUCACUAUGACACCCAGCACACCAUGUACUUCGCCUAACUGCUUAAACCAGCAGGAGAUGCACUUCUACGCUCCUUCUUCACUUCACUUUUGUCUCUUUUUUUUCCUAUUUCUUUGAACUUUUUUUUUUUUUUCUUUCCUUCUCUCUCUCGUGUCUUCAUCCACAACCCAAGCGGUUCCAAAGCCAGAGGGGCCAGACACGUUUCCGAAUCGAGCGUUCACCCUCAGUGGAACCGCCCACCAGCAAUCCUGCACUGAGAGACCACUUAGUCUCCAAGGCACAGAGUCAAUCAAAUUUGAGCCAUUUAAGAGUUUUUGUUUUUUUUUUCCAGUUUUGAAUGUCAUUUAUUAUUUUUCUUCAUUUUCUUUCUUUCUUUUUUUUCAUUUGUAAUAUACACUGAGUGUGAGCAAACCUGCGCCAUUUUUGUCGUGACAGCUCUGGCUUUCUCAGCUAAGCUGGACUUUGUCUACUUUUUACCUCAGGCCACUGUUGGCUGAAACUUUUGUCCUUUUUAUGAUCGUAUUUUAACUCUCUCUCCGCUCAGUCUUUUACAAGCGAGGUGAUCUGGGUAUCAUACCCAUUACUCUUCUCCCAUUUGUUUUUGUUUUGUUUUGGUUUUUCUUUGAAUGUGUGCAUGUGUAUUUGUAGUGUGUGUGUGUGUGUGUGUGUGUGUGUAUGGGGUGUACAUGUGUGUACAUGUUUAAUGGCAGGCCACUGAAUUGUAAAGGGAAAAAUCAAGGAGAUAACUGCUGUAAAUGCCUCAGUUUAUUUUAUAGCGCCUCACAUACAUAAAUAUAUAUUAAAAAGUAAAAAAAAGACGCAUCUAUAUAUAAGCUUAUUUCAGCAGAUUUUACAUUUUUGCCAGAUUGCAUAAGCUGAUGGUAAUGUGUAGCAGGAAUUUAUCCAUGGUCUCAGAUGUGUGACUGAUGGAGUAUCGGGCCAGGACACUAAGGGUCUUGCUCAUUCAAGUUCCUUCCGUGUCCGUGCCAAAGUUAGAAACACGUACGAACAAAUACGUACAAGUUGCAGGGAUGGUCAUGGACGUACAGCUGGCCCAUCCCAGACAACAAAGGGCAAAGCUUGCAAAAAUAACAGCACUCUCUCUCUCUC